AUGGAUGUCUAUGCAAAAGGAACCGAAAAUUUAAGGGAUACAAGAGCUAAAUCGCUACCAAAUAAAGCUCUAAACCCAGAAUCUACAGAGAAGAUAGGUGAAACUUGCCUGAGCGCCGCCUCCGAGAGCUCGCCGGAGAAAGAGAUUCGUCCAGAGAAGAGUGACCCGAGAGAAGAGAAAUGUGAAGAUAGGUUUUCAGUUGACGGGGAGGAACGAGACGGAAAGGAAAUGUACAUGAUGAGGAAAAAUGAGAUGAGAAUGAAUGAGACGGUGCAAAAUGGGACAAGGCGGAAACGAGAAGGAAUAAACAGGACGGGACAUAACGAGGCCAAAAUUAUACCCGACAAGGCAGAACGAGACGGGAAGAAAGGGAUGGGGCAAUACGAGACGGGAAAAAACAGAACGAGGAGGAACGGGGAGGGAAAUAGGACAGGGAGGAACGAGAUGGGAAAUAGAACGGGAUAG